CUGGGGGCCCCCCCCCGGGGCCCCCCGGGAGCAGCGCGUGGGGCCCCCUGGGCAGCAGCUCUACCGCCGUGCUGCAGCUGGGCCCGGCAGACCCGCCCGAAGCCGCAGCAGCAGCAGCAGCAGCAGCAGCAGCAGCAGAAGAGGUGGAGUGCAGCAGGAAGCCUUCGGUGUACCUGCUGUUUGUGCUGCUGGGCUGCACUUCUUUAAUAGGCUGGAACUUCGUAAUUCAAAACUUGCCUUUUAUUUUGCUGCUGAAGUUUUCAAGACCGGAAUUAAAUAAUCUUUUUUUGGGACUUUUCCAAGUGGCCAACUUGUGUGUGCAGCUGCUGCUGCUGCGGCUCUCGCGGCCGCGGCCGCUGCUGGUGGUGUUUGCUGCAGCAGCAAGCGGCUUCCUCGGCUUGCUGCUUGCUGCUGUCGUCGUCUUGAUGCCGCAGCAGCAGCAGCAGCAGCAGCAGCAGCUGCUGCUGCAGCAGGACGCGCUGCUGCAGCAGGACCCGCUGCUGCAGCAGGACGCGCUGCUGCAGCAGGACGCGCUGCUGCUGCAGCAGCAGCAGCAGCAGCAGCAGCUGAGCUUCGAGGAGCACCUCAGCAGCAGCAGCAGCAGCAGCAGCAAACCGCCGCUCUCGCCGCAGCAAAUUGUCUUUUUGCUGCUGCUGCUGCUCAUCAACAUUCUUAUGGGCUGCUGCCAAGGCCUCAUUCAGGGAGUUGGCUACACUCUCUCUUCCCAGAUCAAACCCGGCUAUGUUGCUUCUGUUUCUCUCGCAACAAGUGUGUCUUUUGCUGCUUUCUUUUACUUCCGGCAGCAGCAGCGGGACAUCCGCAGCAGCUUGCUGCUGCUGCAGCACGCGCAGCAGCAGCAGCAGCGCAGCAAGCGGCUGGACUCUCCGCUGUCGGGGAGUCGCUCGCGGCCGUGGGGCUUCCACCUGUGGGGCCGCGGGCCUGCUGCUGCAGCGCAGCAGCAGCAGCAGCAGCAGCAGCAGCUGCAGCAGCAGCUGCAGCAGCAGCGGCUGUGGGUCGCCGUGCUGCGCGCCAGCUGGCGCGAGCUGCUGCUGGCUGUCUUCCACUUCAGCUUCACUUACCACUUAUAUCCAAGUGUGGGGCCCCUCAACUGGCAUUAUUCUUGGACUUUUCCAAAUCAAAUAGUGGUAUUUUACGGAGUUUGGUUUUUGUUUGAGACAUUGGGGCGAGCAGCGCCGGACCUGGCGCCGCUGCCGCAGCAGCAGCAGCAGCAGCAGCAGCAGCAGCAGCAGCGGCGCCAGCAGCAGCAAGAACGGCGCCAAACGGCCCCGGGGCUGCUGCAGCGCCUGCUGCUGCUGCUGCAGCGGCUGCAGCAGCAGCUGCUGCUGCUGCUGCGCUGCUUCCGCCCCUCCCGCGCCGCCUACGGGCCCCUCUCCCUCAGCACUUUGGUCUUCAUCAUUCCCUUCCUCCUCGGCCGCCUGCUGCCAGCUGGCAGCAGCAGCAGCAGCAGCAGCAGCAGCAGCAGCAGCAGCAGCAGCUUCUGGACCAACCCCAUUUGGCUGCUGCUGGUCCUCGCCGCCUUCGCCUUCGCCCACGGCUGGAUCGGCACUUUGGCUUUUUUCUUUGCAUGCGGUGCUGUCGAAGAUCCAAAGGAAAGAGCAGCAGCAGGACCUUUAACUGUUCUUGCUGUUGGAUUUGGAUGUGUCUUGGGAUUUCUGACAUCCCUGGCUUACUAG